AAUAAUUUCAGAUUCUUAGAAUAGAUAGAUACGCUAGAUUUUGGUCGCCGACAUCUAUAGGCGUAGGCUGAGAGCCAGGAAUGAUGGAAACUAGGCACGUUCCAUUGUACACUAUAGAAAAAGCUGGGACGAAGCACAGGCAAGUCCCGGAAGAUAAGAACCACGCAUGUGCCGGCCGCCCAAAGGCCGAGCGAGAGCCAACGUAGUCAAUAUGAUCCAACUCUACCCAUUACCCCUUCCUAUCUAUAACCCGAAGACUCCUACCAGAAACCCGCACACUCGGAUCAUGUGCACCGAGACAGCCUACACGCUCCGGUGCGAGCACGUCGUUACCCGAACCCUCUACUGCUCGGAUGCCCCUCCGCCAUCUCGACAGUCACGCAAGGAACGGAGGACUUGUAACAGGGUCAUUCGAAAUGCUGUGCCUUGGCCACCCCCACCACAGUUUGGGACACAAGCCACAUGCCCUUUGGCAAAUUGUCCCUUCGAGGAACGAGGAGGUUAUUGGAACUGUUGCUGGUGUGGUAAGGAGUGGAAUGACCAAGGUAAGUUCGGUAGCACGAUUUCGACUAUGGUCAAGAGCUUUCCACAGUUUCUAACGCCGCCUCAGGUCGCUGUAGUUGCGUAAUGAUAAUCGAUAGACAGGAAUACCGCUGUGGGCAUAUUUGCUGUGAAACAUGCGAAGCAGCUACCGAGACUCAAUAGAGGAACGGGGCCUCGACAUUUCCACUUUACG